AAAUCCGUUUUUCUCCGUUCUACAAGUUGAUAGCUAAGAAAAUAAGAUAUGGGACGCCGCAAGUCGAAACGUAAGCCACCGCAGAGACGUAAACUUAUCCAAAACCUGGAAAAGCAGUUCAAUUGUCCCUUUUGUAAUCACGAGCGAUCCUGUGAUGUUAUUAUGGACAAAUCGCGUAAAAUCGGUCGCAUUAUAUGUCGCGUCUGCCAGGAAGCCUUUCAGAGCCAAAUCAUGUCUCUAUCGGAGCCCGUAGAUGUCUACAACGACUGGAUUGAUGCCUGCGAAGAAGUUAAUUAGCAUACUAAGCAAACUCUACUACAACAAAUCAUUUACAUACAGCAGGCAUAUAAUUGUUUGUAAAGGUUAAAAUUUGUAUGCUUUUCGAUUUGUUUCACUCGAAAGUAUGCAAUAUCUUUUGUUGUUGCUUCUGGAUUACCAGAUAAGCCUGAAGCUAUGCUUUGAAACCCACAGUUUCUGUACACUGAUCUAAUAGUAAGCCUAAAAUAUAU